UAAGUCAGUCAUGUGACGUUGCCCACUCCUCGCGUAUCUCAAUCUCAAGCAACGCAACGGCAGCAGCAGGCUGGAACGCUGUCAGCAGCCUAGAAGGCCAGCGACAAGGUCCUCUUAGGGCAGGAAGCAUUCGACGUUCUGUAAUGGAUGAAUUACACGCCGUUCAUUAUUUCAUCGUCCUGCGUUCUGCGUGGAUAUCGCGUUACGCUAGCAGGCACGCGGCAGGAUCGUCGGGAAAAUGGGAAAGCUCGGCGUGUGGAUUCUAGCUUUGGGGGGAGGCGUAUUGACCGUCCUGUACCUGCUUCCGUGGGCGUAUAUUGCCCUUGACCUCCUCGGAAAUUGCCGCGAUACGCCACGCGUAGUGCAAGAGCCCUUCGUCUCGUUUGAAGAAAUCGUCAAUCAAGGCACAUCCGAUAAACGCACUCACCACUACGGCGCGUUCUACAGCCUCUAUCUCGACCCCCUGCGCCUGCAGCGACAGUCGCAUGAUUCUCAACAGAUCAUAAGUUUUCGCCAGCAGAAACAGCAGCAGCAGCAGCCGGGGGAGCCUGGCGAGGUGAAAAUGUUGGAGAUCGGGCUCAAGCACGGCGACUCGCUGAGGCUCUGGAAGAGGGCGUUCCCGCGAGGCGUCAUCUACAGCAUUGACAACGGCAAAAUCUCGAGAGUGUGAAAACCACAUCUCAUGAGAUUGUUUUUGAAAUACCAAGGAGAGGCGCGGGACCCUCGGGUGCGGCUGAUGGUGGGCGACCAGGCGAAUGGGACGUUCCUUACGCAAGUGGUGGCAGAGAUAAAGAGCGCGGGGUGGGUCUGCUUGACUUCAUAGUGGACGACGGUGGUCACACAAUGAAGCAGCAACAGACAUCCCUCCAAUACCUGCUGCCACUGGUCAAGCCUGGAGGGACGUACUUCAUAGAGGAUGUGGAAACGUCUUACUACACCAAGUGCCACGUUACAGGAUGUUACAGGGGCGGCCCUCCUGGUCUGAACACCACGACUAUACACAUAAUGAAGACGCUAAUAGAUGUGAUGAAUAAGGAGUUUUUUUAAAAGCAGGCUUACCAUAGGAACGUGACGCGACCAGGCUUUUAUGCGACUCCAGUGGAAGCAAUGGUGGGGUCGAUACACUGCAUGCGCAAUAUUUGUGCGCUCAGGCGGAAAUCUACGCCCUGGUAUUAGUGUACUGUCCUGUGCAUCUCUUAUACUGUUUCAUGUUCAAGUUUCAAU